AUGGGAAGUGGAAGUAGCAAGCGCGGAGGUGGACCAGCUGCUGCGCGCGCUGCCACGCACCGCUUCGAGUUCGACCUUAAUGGGCACCACUACUCCUUCGAUACCGUGCAGAGCGACAUAGAGAUCGAAACCUAUCCUCCUUACCAGAUCUUCGAGUUGACGUCGAAAGCGACGGUCCCCCUGAAAGAGGAGGAUGAAGUCCUGAACUUCACCAUCUACAACCUAGGCGCGCCUAGCGACGCCAAAGUGACCCCGCGUCUCACCGCCAAGGACUUCCUUCGAAAGCUGACGACGUCUUACGUGGGGAGCAGCAACGCGGAUGGCGAAGUUCGUGAGGAGUGGGCGGAGUGGGAGAAGACUGGGCGAACCAGCAUUUGCAUCGCAGCCUUCGACAUCAACGCGCGCGAGGUGCCGGGCAGCGGCUACGACCGCGAGGAUCCCGGCUACGACUGCGAGGAGGAAGGAGGCUCAUGA